CCCUCGCCAUCCUUGAUCUCUCGCGAGCUUUUUCCUCUGGUCAUGGCCACCGCUUCUUCGGCUCUCUUCUCCACCGUCGUCAACUGCCCCUCCCACGCCGUCAAAACCAGAUCUCUCCGAAGCUCUCGACUGAAACCCACCUCGCAUCUCCUCCAUUUUCGGUGCCUUCAGCGGCGGAGCUCUCGAGUUGGCGCUUCCGUUUCAGUUUCUGACCCUCGCGUGGACACCGGUCGUCCCGACGAUCUCGUCGCUUCGAUCCUCUCCAAGGUGUUACAUUCCGAUGGUGGAGUUUCACUUGAAGAAGAAGAGCACAAACAGGUAGCUGAAGUUGCUCAGGAACUGCAGAAGUAUUGUGUGAGCCAACCGGUGAAGUCGCCUCUUAUAUUUGGAGAAUGGGAUGUUGUCUACUGUUCAAAUCCAACAUCACCUGGUGGCGGCUAUAGGAGUGCACUGGGUCGGGUUUUCUUCAGAACCAAGGAAAUGAUUCAGGCUCUUGAGGGUCCUGACACUGUGAGAAACAAGGUUUCCUUCUCUGCUUUGGGCUUCAUCGACGGAGAGGUCUUGUUAAAAGGGAAAUUGAAGGCACUUGAUGAUAGAUGGAUUCAAGUCAUAUUUGAGCCGCCUAAACUGAAGGUGGCAGAAAUGGAGUUCCAGUAUGGAGGAGAGAGUGAAGUCAAAUUGCAAAUCACAUACAUAGAUGAGACGAUUAGGUUGGGCAAGGGAUCCCGAGGUUCACUGUUUGUUUUCCGGCGGCGCCAAUAAAAUGUCGAACUUCGCCUUGACAAGACUCUUGGAAGUUUUGUCACUUGAGCUCUUUGUGGAACGUUUGGGGCAAAAUACUCUGACCGUGAGUCUGUGACCCUAAACCGAUCUCCAAUGUGGACUCGCCUCGGCAUUUCUAGUUGGUAUUACAUGAUUAUGUACAUGAUCAUAUAUGCUGCCUCUAGGAAUGGUGAAUAUGCCAACUUUGCG